AUGGGCGGAGCGGCAGAGUUUGUCUCCCUCGACUUUGGCUCGGGCGGGAGCCCGGAGCUGCACUGCCGAGCGCGCACGGUCCAUCCCUGCCUCGCCCGCCUCGCGGAGCUGCACUGCUGCUGCGGCCUGCAGCACGGCCGCUGGCGCAGCGCCCUGGUCUCGGUGACGGCGGGCCCGGGCGCGGGCUCGCUGCUGCUCCGCUGCACCCUCGCGGGCGACGCCAGCUCGCUCGCGCUCCCGCUGCUCGACCUCCGGGGCCUGCGCCGCCUGCCUUCCCCCCGCGGCGGCCCGCCCGGCCUGGAGCUGCGGUUUGCGGGCCGCCGCCCGCGGCUGCAGCUCCGGGCGCUGGCCCCGGGGGGCCCCGAGUCGCUGCCGGGGCCGCGCCUGCAGCUGCUGCACGCCUUCCUCGCCGCGCUCGCCGAGGAGCGCCAGAGCCACCGGCGUCCGCGCGCGGUGGUGCCGCUGCAGUGGCCCCUGGAGGAGGGCCGCAAGGCCUCGCUGGAGCACCUGGCGGCCGUGCUGCGCGGGGUGACGCUGGCGUCGGCGGCGGACGUCGGACAGAGGGCGCCCUUCGCCGGGGCUGGGUGCGCCGUUUGCCUGCAGCGCUGGCAGGACGCGGAGCCUGCCGCCUCCGUGGCGGUGCUCCGGUGCGGCCACGCCUUCUGUGAGGACUGCCUCUUCUCCUCGGCCGUCCAGCUGAGAGCCUCCUGUCCCACCUGCAGGGCGGACUUCGGGCCCCCCGGCCAGCGCUCUGCUCCGUAG